UGAAAAGGGAAUUAAUAAGGUCAAAAAAUGAAAUAAAAAGAAUACAAAGUGUUCCCCUAAUUAUAGGUCAAUUUUUAGAUAUUAUUGAUAACAAUUAUGGAAUAGUAAGUAGUACGGCAGGUUCAAAUUAUUAUGUAAGAAUACUGUCAACUUUAAACAAGGAGGAUUUGAAACCAUCAGUCAGUGUAGCUUUACACAGACAUAGUCAUUCAAUAGUAAAUAUUUUACCAUCUGAAUCAGAUAGUAGUAUACAAUUAUUACAAAUUACUGAGAGACCAAAUGUGAAAUAUACAGAUUUAGGUGGAUUAGAUAUGCAAAAACAAGAAAUGAAAGAAGCCGUGGAAUUACCUUUAACUUGUCCAGAAUUAUAUGAAAAAAUUGGAAUUGAACCACCGAUGGGUAUUUUAAUUUAUGGUCCACCAGGUACCGGUAAAACCAUGUUAGUUAAAGCAGUGGCUAAUGAAACUCAGGUUACUUUUAUUGGUGUUGUUGGAUCUGAAUUUGUUCAAAAAUAUUUAGGAGAAGGACCAAGAAUGGUACGUGAUGUAUUCAGAUUGGCUAGAGAAAAUUCUCCAUCGAUUAUUUUUAUAGAUGAAGUAGAUGCAAUUGCAACUAAAAGAUUUGAUGCACAAACAGGUGCAGAUAGAGAAGUUCAAAGAAUUUUAUUGGAAUUAUUAAAUCAAAUGGAUGGUUUCGAUAAAUCUACUAAUGUUAAAGUUAUUAUGGCUACUAACAGAGCAGAUACUUUAGAUCCUGCUUUAUUAAGACCAGGAAGAUUAGAUAGAAAAAUUGAAUUUCCUUUACCAGAUAGAAAACAAAAAAGAUUAAUCUUCCAAACCAUUAUUAGUAAAAUGAAUGUUAGUAGUGAUGUAAAUAUAGAAAGUUUUGUAGUAAGAACUGAUAAAAUCAGUGCAGCUGAUAUUGCUGCCAUAGCACAAGAAGCAGGUAUGCAAGCUAUAAGAAAAAAUAGAUAUAUUAUUACAGCAAAUGAUUUUGAACAGGGAUACAGAACACAUGUUAGAAAGCAAUUAAGAGAUUAUGAAUUUUAUAAUAUCUAA